AUGGACGUUAAGUUUGUGUUCGUUCUUGUUAUAUUGUGUACCGCCGAGGCUGGUGUGGUGUUCAACUUCCAUGAGAGGGUUCGUCAGGCCUCCUCUACUACGGAGAAUAGUGUAGAUGCAUCGCAGAUUAUAAGGGUGCCGAACUUGGCUUGCGCAGAUGGGUAUAGAAGAGAUGACUUGGGAAAUUGUAGACAGCAAUUGUAA